UUAAUUCCAGAAAGAAAAUAACCGGGGUGCAGUCACACUGUAGCUGUUGAGCAGCCCCUAGCCUAGCUAGAUGUACGUGUGUGUGCGGACUUGUCCCUCUUGCUGAACGUGUGUUUGCGGUUAUGGAGACUGGGGUUAAGACCCUCUUCUUAUAGGGUUAUUGUUUUUGUGGACUAGGGAUUUGAGACCCUCGUCACGUCACGCUGAGGGGGUUGUCUGUCCGUGUGUGGAGGGGGUUAUUCUGUGUGUGUGUGUGUGGGACCUAGCUCCAAGCUGGCGGAUCGGGAGGACUCAGAUUGCUCGGAUCAGAUGAUCCAUCUUCAGCUGACCAUCUCAGGGGACUGGCCAGCACCCUGUGACUCCCAGCGGGUGGAGAUGCCCAGGAGAGAGAUAGAGGUGGUGAAGGGUCAGAUGGUAGUCCUACAAGCCUGGUACAGCCCCACAUCUGAUAUUGGCAGGAACAGCGUCAUCUGGAACUUCAUGGCCAACGACUCCAAGCAGGUCAUCUCCUACAGUAAUGGUGAGCCAGGGAUAGGUAGUCCUGAGUUCAGGAAGCGUGUUGGGUUCAGCCUGUCCAUGCCCUCGUCCAAUCUCUCCAUCUACAUCAACAACACCCAGGAGUCAGACUCAGGACGAUACCUCUGCAAUGUCAUCAUCCCUGGAGCCGCCGGUCUCUCUGGAGAAAUGCGCCUCAAUGUCAAAGUCCCUCCCUCGCCUCCAGUGUGCACGAUGACUGGGUCAUCUGUGCUGAAUGGCAAUGUGACACUAAGCUGUAAAUCCAGUUCGGGCGAACCCAUCCCUCAUUACAAAUGGACCAAGAAUGCCCCCAUGUCAGAGGUCUUCUUUUCCCCCAUGCAGAAAUGGAGAGCCUGCCCCUCGCCCUUGCUUGUUCUAGGGUUCAUGGAUGAGAGGCAAGGCACCCUCAGGUUGAGUAACCUCACUAAGAGCAUGUCAGGGAAAUAUGUGUGCCGAGCUAGCAACACUGCCGGUUCUGACACUUGCUCUAUCAACCUGGAGGUCUUCACCUCCUCUAAUUCUGGAGCGAUUGCUGCUGCUACUCUGGGGUCCAUCGUGGGACUGGUAGCCAUCAUACUCUUCCUCAUCUUCAUGCUGAGGAGGAGAGACCACGAAGAGGAGGAGAUAGCCAAUGAUAUCAAGGAGGAUGCCCAGGCACCCAAGCGUGUUUCCUGGGCAAAGAGUGGCACAGGCUCAGACAUCAUCUCCAAAAAUGGCACGCUGUCAUCCAUAGCCACAAGCCCCCAUCCGGGAGACCCCCAGCAGCUCAAAAACUUCCCCUACCCCACUGCACCGGCCUCUGACACAGGCUCUGUGCUCAACGCUUACCGCCUUCGGCCUGGAGAGCUCAACCCCCUGCAGGGCCUCCCAGGGUACAUCAGUGGCACACUUCCACCCAGGCACACCAGACCCCUCUGUGUUGCUAACAACAUUGAUGCCACCUAUCCACAAGGUCACAGUCGACCCCCCAGUUCUAACCACAUCAGUGGGACUCCACCCCCUGGCCACACCCGGCUCCUCAGCACUAGUAUCAUUGUUGACACUCCUCCCCAUGGGUUCAGUCAACCACCCAGUUUUAACCAUGUUGGUGUCACCUCUCCACAUGGGUACAGCAGACCCCAUAGUUCUAACAACAUUGGUGCCCCCUCCCCCCAGGGGCACAGUCGACCCCCAAGUUCUAACAAUAUCGGCGCCCUCUCUCCACAUGGGCACAGCAGACCACCAAGCUUGAACCAUAUCAGUGGCAGCUCUCCACACAGGCACAGCCAACCCCCCAGUUCCAACCACAGCCGACCCCCCAGCAUCAGUAGCAUGCCUCACUAUGGACACAGCAGAUCCUCCAGUUCUAACGGUGCCCCACCUCAUUCCCCACCUGGCCACAUGGUCACAGACCCCGACAAGACUGAGGGGGCCCAGCCCCAGGUACCACGCCCUCUCACCUCGCCCAUCAGCUCCACCACCCUGGCCCGUAUGGGGGCUGUGCCCGUCAUGGUGCCCGCUCAGAGCCAGGCUGGAUCACUGGUAUAGCCCACUGGAGUGUCUCCUGUUUUACUACUGAACACAAAAAACUGAAGCAAAUGGAUAAAGACUUCCUCAAAGGAAGAUUGCACAGAGUAGAGAAGGAUUUGCUUGGAAUUAAAAACACUUUUUUAUUGUGAUCGUUCAAAAUGAUGUUCGGAGUAGAAAGAAGAGCUCAUGCUGAAGAAGACACUUGUGGAAUCUCCUGUAUUCAAGUCUGCACAAGUUCAAAGACUUAAUUGAUUUGUUUUUAUUCUUUUAGCUGUUUUCAAAUCUUUUUUGCUAAAUAAAUGUUUUUGCUUUUAUUUGCCAUGCUCAGAUUCUUUAAGGUUAAAACAAGGCCUAUUCUAUAUUCUUUAAGGCCUUUUAUAAACUGGGUGGUUCGAACCCUGAAUGCUGAUUGGCUGGCAGCCGUGGUAUAUCGGACCGUAUAUCUUUUUACUGCUCUAAUUACGUUGGUAACCAAUUUAUAAUAGGAAUAAGACACCUUGGGGGUUUGUGGUAUAUGGCCAAUAUACCAUGGCUAAGGGCUAUAGCCAGGCACUCCACUUUGCAUAAGAACAGCCCUUAGCCUUGGGAUAUUGACCAUAUACCAACACCCUUUUUUAGCAAGUUGUUUGCGAAGACGUUGUUGAAUCGAGAUGCAGUGCAUUUGGAAAGUAUUCAGACUUUUCCACAUUUUGUUAUGUUACAGCCUUAUUCUAAAGUAUCCUCAUCAAUCUACACACAAAACCCCAUAAUGACAAAGCAAACAGAUUUUUUGAAAUUUUUGCAAAUGUAUAUAUAAAAAAAAAAACAUAAAUACCUUGUUUAUAUAAGUACUCAGACCCUUUGCUAUGAGACCCUAAAUUGAGCUCAGGUUCCAUCGAUCAUUCUUAAGAUGUUUCUACAACAUGAUUACCUGUGGUAAAUUCAAUUGAUUGGACAUGACUUUGAAAGGCACACACCUGUCUUUAUAAGGUCUCACAGUGCAUGUCAGAGCAAAAACCAAGCCAUGAGGUCGAAGGAAUUGUCCUUCGAGCUCCGAGACAGGAUUGUGUUGAGACAGAUCUGAGGAAGGGUAGGUACAAAAAAAAACAUUUCUGCAGCAUUGAAGGUCCCCAUCAUUCUUAAAUGGAAGACGUUUGGAACCACCAAGACUUUUCCUAGAGCUGGCCGCCUGGCCAAACUGAGCAAGCAGGGGGAGAACGGCCUUGGUCAGGGGGGUGUCCAAGAACCCGAUGGUCACCCUGACAAAGCUCCAGAGUUCCUCUGUAGAGAUGGUUGUCCUAUCUCUGCAGCACUCCACCAAUCAGGCCUUUAUGGUAGAAUGACCAGACGGAAGCCACUCUUCAGUGAAAGGCACAACAGCCCACUUGGAGUUUGCCAAAAGGUACCUAAAGACUCUCAGACCAUUAGAAAACAGAUUCUCUGAUGAAACCAAGAUUGAAAUAUUUGGCCUUCCACUGUUAGUGGAAUUCUAAAUUCCUCUGUAUUAUUUCCCAAUCAGAAUUAUUACUCUUGUCAAUGCAUUCUAAAGGGAUUGUCAGACCCAAUAUUUUUAUAAGAAAUGGACAGAGUCCCGGUCUUAAAAGUCAGGUAACAGCGUUUAAUUCAAGAGAGUACUGAAGCAAAUUACAAAGAACCUUACAUUUUAAAGAGACAACAUAAAAUGACAUCAUCAGUUUCUCACACCCUCUCCGAUCCACACAUAGUGCAGUGUCUUCAGUUCUGGAGAUCUUCUACUCCCCUCAUAAAACAAACAUUCCAAUCUGUCUAAAAGACAUCUUCUCCUCCACUAAUGGAACAUCAAAGACCAUUCUUAUCUGUCAGAAAAGAUAUAUGCCUCCCUUUUCCCUUUCCCACAAGGUACAGAUAAUUAAUUUGUUUUACUUACAUUUUCAGUAACAGCUUAACCAAGAACCCAUACAUUUCAUACCAUAACAUAAUAGUAUUAAAAUAACUGGUUCUAAUCUAAUGUAUGCAUAAUUAAUCAUUUCAACUAUAAUUUCCUCCAACAGAAACCUGGCACCAUCCCUACGGUGUAGGAUGGUCAUUGCAGCAUCAUAUGAUGUGGGGAUGUUUUUCAGUGGCAGGGAUUGGGAAACUAGUCCGGAUCGAGGGAUAGAUGAACAGCAAAGUACAUAGAUCCUUGAUGAAAACCUCCAGAGCGCUCAGGACCUCAGACUGAGGCGAUUGUUCAUGUUUCAACAGGACAACGACCCUAAGCACACAGCCAAGACAAUGCAGGAGUGGCUUCGGGACAAGUUUCUGAAUGUCCUUGAGUGGCCCAGCCAGACCCUGGACUUAAACCCAAUCUAACAUCUCUGGAGAGACCUGAAAAUAGCUGUGCAGCGAUGCUCCCCAUCCAACCUGACAGAGCUUAAGAGGAUCUGCAUAAAAGAAUGGGAGAAACUGCCCAAAUACAAUUGUGCCAAGCUUGUAGCGUCAUACCCAAGAAGACUCUAGGCUGUAAUCGCUGCCAAAGGUGCUUCAACAAAGUACUGAGUAAAGGGUCUGAAUACUUAUGUAAAUUGUUUAUUUUUAUACAUUUGCAAACAUUUCUAAAAAUCUGUUUUUGUAUGUAGAUUGAUAUGGGGGGGGAACAAUAUAAUCUAUUUUAGAAUAAGGCUAACGUAACAAAAUGUGGAAAGUCACGAGGUCUGAAUGCUUUCCAAAUGCACUGUAUUUGACAGGUUUGACUUAUAUACAUUGUGUAAAAUUGUUAUGCCAGUUAUUGAUAAGGGAGGUGUUGUCUGGCGAGAACAUGCUCAAGAACGCACAUCACUUCCCACAGAGAUGGGUUAAACAUUUAACUUCACGCACACGCAAAUACCUGAUAUACAGUAAAGCACACUCCCUUAGUCCUCCUUGAGUCUUCUUCUCAGGCCAACUGUUCAUGUUGAGUUGUUACAACUCCAGUAAAACCUCCCAUACAUGUUCUAUCCAGGUAUUUUAUAAACAUUUCCAGUAUUGAAAUUCUAAAGCAUUGACCCAUACUUGCACACGUAUCUAAUAAGAACUUAUAUUACAGAAUAUUGUGGUUUUCACAUUCAUGUAUACUAAGAAUAUAAUCUUAAUUAGGUAGUUGGAAUGUAUAAUUCAUUGAUAAUGCUAGGCUGAGAUUUCUGGGCUUUAAAUAUUCUUUCCUUAACUCAAAGGCCCAGUGCAGUCAUGUGAUUUUCCUGUGUUCUGAGGUUGGAAUAAUACUGUGAAAUUGA